CGAACUUUAAGGUGAACUGACUUUUCCUGACAAUUCCAGAAACGUUCAAAUACGCUUAGGACAUUGGAAACACAAAGAACUAUAAAAGCUAGGACUACAAACAGAGAUAUUUUCUAGGAAUCUUAACACAUCUGACACGACACAUGUUUCAGGAGCUUAUACCCCAGGGAAGCAGUAUUUAGUGGUAUUUGCCGUGUUUUAUGUUCACUCGCGUGUGAACAGCAACAAAGAACGCGGCUGGUCGCGCUGGAAGAAAUCUUUAGUGUUUUUAACGCAGCCCUAAACCACGUGUUACGUUUCCAUAGUCACGUCACAUCGGCUCCACCAUGUUGUAGGAAAUCCACCGCUGCUCCUCACUCACUGUCAGAUUAGAGUUUAAUCCGAGGAGCAGGAACCCGCUGUCAAGGCGCUGUCCGCAUCUUGGAAGGACUCUCCGAGUUUGUGCAUUCUGAAGAAACGCGGCUUCACGUGCCAGAAUCAUUUUUUUUCUACAAUAAGCGGCCUGGACGUAAAAGAUGAAACGCCAGUCUUCCGUUGCUGUCUUUGCCUGUCCACCGACUUGCCAACACGUUAAGAUGUUAGCUGGCUAACUAGCUGAGAAAGAGCAACGUUAACUAACGGUAAAUCGGAUUAACGUUAGCUGCUAACGGCAGCCUCCCUUUAGGUAACUCUUAAUAUCCAGGUAUUAUUUGCUGUGCUUGACGACUAUUACGCAGCAAACGGUUGCCUAUGUUUUUUCUAAUGUUUAUUACAAUUCUACAUUUGUGUCAAAAUAAGUACUUUGUGCUGUAAUUAUUAGCGAGCAUUAAUGUUGCUGCAAGCUAGCUAGGUUAUUAGCCAAUUAAACCACAAUAACAGCCAGAGCUCCUUCGCUAGCUAAUCUUUAGUGUUUGUUGGAAAGAGCAAACAUAAAAUUAGUGCCUCCGACCACAACCGAAAGUCAAGACGGAGCUGACAGUCAGGCUGAUGCGCUAGCUUGUCCUCGAGCUAGCUGGCAAGAGAGCUGUACAAGAUUUGAUCCCCGAAAUUAGCCUUCAGACGAAUCAAAGAUGUCAGGAAAGGAUAAAGACAAAGACAAACAGGAGAAGCAGUCCACCACGGAGCGGCUGAUAAAAGCUGUGCCAUACCCUCCACAACAUAAGCUGACUGUAAAAGAGAUAUAUGAAGAUGGCAAGCCCAAUGCUGAGCUGCUCCGCAACCACCUCGUCAAAGAAGGCAGGGUGGAAGAGGAUGUGGCUCUAAAGAUCAUCAACGACGGGGCUAACAUCCUCCGCCAAGAGAAGUGCAUGCUGGAAGUGGAUGCACCUAUAACAGUAUGCGGUGAUGUCCAUGGCCAAUUCUUUGACCUUAUGAAGUUGUUUGAAGUGGGGGGAUCACCCAGCAACACGCGGUAUCUCUUCCUCGGUGACUACGUAGAUCGAGGAUACUUCAGUAUUGAGUGUGUUCUCUACCUCUGGUCGCUCAAGAUCAACCACCCCACCACACUCUUCCUCCUGCGUGGGAACCACGAGUGCCGGCACCUCACAGAGUACUUCACCUUCAAACAGGAAUGUAAAAUUAAAUACUCUGAACGGGUGUAUGACGCCUGCAUGGAGGCCUUUGACUGCCUGCCCCUCGCUGCCCUGCUCAACCAACAGUUCCUUUGUGUACACGGCGGACUCUCACCAGAAAUCAACUGCCUAGACGACAUAAGGAAAUUAGACAGGUUUAAAGAGCCUCCAGCAUUUGGGCCAAUGUGUGACCUGAUUUGGGCUGACCCUGGUGAGGACUACGGCAGUGAGAAGACAUCUGAACACUUCAACCAUAACUCUGUCAGAGGCUGCUCGUACUUUUUCAGUUACUCAGCAGUCUGUGAUUUUUUGGUAAAUAAUAACUUGCUGUCAGUAAUAAGAGCACAUGAAGCACAGGAUGCAGGGUAUCGGAUGUACAGAAAAAGCCAGACCACAGGCUUCCCUUCAUUAAUCACAAUCUUUUCAGCUCCAAAUUACUUAGAUGUCUACAACAACAAAGCUGCUGUAUUAAAAUAUGAGAAUAACGUGAUGAACAUACGACAGUUCAACUGCUCCCCCCACCCUUACUGGUUGCCUAACUUUAUGGAUGUCUUCACAUGGUCUUUGCCUUUUGUUGGAGAGAAAGUGACGGAGAUGCUGGUGAAUGUACUGAACAUUUGCUCUGACGAUGAGCUCAUGUCAGAAGUAGAUGACUUAUAUGAAGGUGGAACCUCUGCGAUGCGCAAGGAGGUCAUCCGGAACAAGAUUCGAGCUGUGGGGAAAAUGGCCCGAGUCUUCUCAGUCCUCAGGGAGGAAAGCGAGAACGUGUUAACACUCAAGGGCCUGACCCCGACUGGAACUCUUCCUCUGGGAGUGUUGUCAGGGGGAAAGCAGACCUUACAGACCGCUACGGUUGAGGCAGCUAAAGCGAAAGCCAUUCAAGGCUUCUCUCCCACGAGGAAGAUUCGUAACUUUGAGGAGGCACGCGGCCUCGACAGGAUAAACGAGAGGAUGCCGCCUCGCAAAGAUGGCAAACAGCCAGACCCCGCCACGAUCAACACCAACACCCCUAACAAGAAUGGCACUGAUGGAUAGGCAACAGAAACACCAUCCUACCAUCUUCACACAACCCACACCCCCUGACUCAUAGCCCCCCCCCUCUCCCUCUCUCUCCCCCCCCCCCCCCCCCCCCCCCACUGAAACUGCCUGUCCGUCUUCUGCUCGCCCACAGUCGAGCAGGGAAAAGAAGCGGACACAUUGGUAGAUUUAAAGAAAAAAAGAAGAAGGCCACAGCACUGGGAAAACAAUUCCAGCUGCUAAAAAAAAGACAAAGUUGAUGUGUUAUCUGGGGAAAAAUCUAAUUUUAUUUAUUAAAGAUUAAAUAUUAGAUAUAUUGUGUAAUAGCAACAAAUCAUUGAAUGAAGACAUUUUGCAUGUAUACCGUAAGCCCCAACUUACACAUUUUAUACAUUUGAGCUGAUCCAGAUAGGUGAAGCCCUUGUUAUCCAGGAGACACUUUUAGACACAAGUUUCUUAUUUGUGCUCUGCAUGUGUUUGGAAAGGGAACAUUUGAAGUACAAAUACUGCAACCUCAGCAGCCUCGUUUGGUUCUUGUCGAGACAUUUUAGGCACUUGAGGUUCUACAUACAGUGCAGUGUUUGCUUAUAUGUGUGUGUCAGUUGAAAGGUAAAUUAUGUAUGUAUUGUGAAAGGUGAAAGGCAGUCAAUCAUAACAGAACAAUCAUCACAAAUUACUAUUUUAUACUUAAAGCAGAAAUUUAAUGAAGACUUCUAGUCUUAAUUUAUGAAAUUUCCACAAAACUUUGAUGAAUCCCCAAAAAGAUGAAUGGGUUUUUUUGUUUUUUUCUUCGCUUCCAGAGUAACAAACUUUUUUCCUGUAUUAUUGUUAUAAUUAUUAUUUGUGAAUGAAACUGUUAAGAGGAAGUAUUAACACUCUGUGUGCAAUGAUAGUUGCUGCUGGUGGCUGUUUGCUGGUUAUGACUUGAUGGCAACUAGGAUGUUCUCGCUCCGCUAAACCAAAAAAGGGAUAUACAGUGCAGCACAUCUCUUUCUCUCACCACAACCAGACUAAAUCAGUUAGUCAAUGCUCCCACCUCUCUGGUGGAAGCACUUCUUCUUCCUCUUCUUCUUCUUAAGCACUGAAGUUAAGCCGACCUCUGAGCACAGCACACGAACAUUACGGCACAAGAAACCAACUCUUCAGUUGUCAUUUUGAGUAAAUGAGGACAUAUUUGCUCAGAAGGCAGUGGAACUGCUGGCCACAGUGUCCUCAGAACAGACUGAUGUUCAUUAUUGCUUAGGAGAUUUCAAUGUAUUUAACAGAAUUAUGGGCAGUUUGAUUCAAUGUUUUAUUGUCAAACACAAAAAAAUAUGGGGUUUGCUUUUGGGGCUUUCCUUUCUCUCUAAAGCUGUAGUAGUGUCUCCAUCUACUGUUGAUUAUUCAGAAUGCAGAUCUUUAUUGGAGUUGUGAUAACCAUUCAAAUAAGGGAAAUGACAUUCACUGAAAUGACAGCAUUUUGACCAUACUGUACCGAAACUCAAUGGAGUCAUUCCUCGUGGCAAGGUGAUACUAUAAAAGGUAAAGUCGCCACACAACAGCUGUUUAGAAGGCCUAACAGUACUGUAAUCAUCUCAACCAUGGCUGACUCAGAUACACACACACAUAUAUACAAUAUUAUUUUUUACAACAGGUGGUCAUACCAAGAUGGAGACCAUUAACACUUGCUAAGAUUGCUGAUGUGUGUUUAUUUUUCUGCUCUUAAGUAUUCAGCUGUUCGGCUGGUCUCAUCAACUCCACUUCUCUUCACACGGACUCCCAACCCAACCCUUUAACCCGCUUUUACUAUGACAUGCUACCACCUCAACUGGUGCUUCGACACACCUGACUGUAAUUCUGUUGUCUUUAAAGAAGGUGGAGGAGAAAUAAGCUUUAAGAUUUGCUAUUCUCUUGUGAAUUUACCCUUUUCAUUUUUUUUAAUUAGGUAUUUGUGCCCAUGUGCCAGGCCUCCUUGGCCACACGCGUCAUGUUUCUUAUAUCUCAGUGGGGACUUCAAUGCACACUAAACCCAUGUGGACUCGUGUCACUAUGGGAACAAAAAUUGAGCGCCCUCUGGGUAGAGACUGCUUUUUGAGGGCGAAGAUUUGGUUUUAGGGUUAAGGUUACAAUUGGGUUAGCUUAGGGUAAGGGGCUAAGGAAUGCAUUCUGUCAGUGAGAUGUCCCCACAGGGAUAGUGGAACAAAUGUGUGUGUGUGUGUGUACGUGUGUGUAUGAAUGGUGAGCCAGGACACUUUCAUUCACACAUGAUUAAAUAUUAAAUGUCGGUAAUAUUAAUCUUGACAUCGUUCAAAUUUCCAAAAUAUUGUAGUUCGCCAUUAUGUUGAGUAGACUUCUGGGAAAGCUUCCUGAAGUAUUUCGGUUUACAUUCAUUACUGUGAUGUUACGAUUAGUUUUGAAAGUAAGGCUUUUAUUGGGUGAGCCGUACAGUAUACUGACCUCCUGUUAGGUCCUAUACAUAUCUUGCAGAAUGUAAAGAAAUAUUGUUCAUCAAGAAUCUUAUAAUAGCUGUAAAAAAAAAAAAAAAAUUAAAAAAAAGGGGGGUGGGGAAAAAAAAGCUGUACCGUACUUGUCAUGCAAGGCCAUGAAAUCUUUUACUUAGCUGUAUCACUUGAAAGAAGAGAAUAAAAUUCAAAUACAGUGUUUUAUUUGAUUAGUGUUGGAUGUUGGAUCUUAUUUUGCUUAAAGCUGCAUCAGAUAACUUAUAAACUUUAGUGCCUCCAAAUAAAGGUCUCUGAAUUUCGA